AUGAAUCAAAAAGCGAGGAGAUGCAGUCCAAGACUAGAAGAUGUUCCGGAAUUGAUGCACCGUAUACAAUCUCGGUUGUCGUUAAGAGAAGCGGCCUGCACCAGUGUCCUGUCCAAGUCGUGGCUACACGCUUGGUCCACCAUCCCUAACCUCAGGUUUCAUAUACAAGUAGAAAGAAAGCGCAAGAUGCAGUUGGUGGACGUGGAGCGCACUCUGAUAAGGUAUUUCGAUGACAACAUACCAUUCCAAAGGUUUGAGCUUGACAUCGAUAUCGAGAACCAGGAGGCGGCUUCUCUUACAGAAAAAUGGAUCCGAAGUGUGGCAACCAAAACUUGUCUUAAAGAGCUUUCCCUCACAAUCUGUCCUUCCGGUGCCUCCCUGCAUUUGCCAGCUGAGAUACUCUCAGGUAAAAACCUAACUAAGAUCACAGUAUCAGCUGCGCGGUGUCCCAAUUCCGCUGUUUGGAUGACGACUACCCGUCAUCCCAAAUGUGUGUCCCUACGAGAACUGCACUUGUCUUGCGUGCGCAUAAGUGAAGAGCUACUCCAUGCCAUAUUUUCUUCUUGUAGCUUGCUCAAGAAGAUAGAGCUUAUACUAUGUUCAAAGGGCCUCAAGACCAUCAAGGUUGAAAACCUUCCUUGUCUUUCCCAUUUACAAAUAGUUACUUCGGAUAGAGGCUCUACUGCUUUUGAAAUCAAUCAUGUCCAAAAUCUCAGAUUUUUCGGCUGCAAUGUGCGUAUCAUGAAUCGACUGGAUAAACGUAGAGGACCAUUGAUCAACAGUCAUUCAAUAUCACUAGGAAGCAGCGUCACGGACUUAACUUUAGGUGGCGUUAUGAUCAGAGAUAAUGCAUCUCUAGACAUGAUCAUCAAAUUGGGAUUACCUUUUCUCAAAAGUUUGACCCUUGAUAUGGCAUGUUGGGCGUUGGGGAGUUUUCAUUUCACAUCUACAUCCAUCAAGAGAUUUUCGAUGCUCGGGUGCCCAUCCACGCUUGUCGACGUGGUACAUGUUACUGCUCCAAAAUUACUUUUUUUCUCUUUCACUGGCCAAAUAAUCCCUAGUCUCUUGUUUCCAUACUCUAAUCUCGAGCAAAUUGAGUUUCGGAUGGGACUCUACAUUGACGAUCUGGAUGCUUAUUUUUUCCUUAAGAUGAGGGAAGUGUUCAUGUUAUCACGCAAGUGCAAAGUUAUUAUAACAACCUUCAACCAUAACCUGCCAUUGCCAUUGGAGAUCAACAUCGAUGAUCUAAGAACAAGACUCCUCUUUCCUCCUGCUAUCAACGUGCAACAACUGUUGUUCAAAACCAUUGGGGAUGAAUGCAUGUGGGAGCGCUCCCCGUUUUUUGAUGCAUUUUUUGAGAUUUGCCAUCCUGACCACAUAUCUGUAUGGCCAGACUCCAUGUUAAAACAUAAUAAUCACUUUUGCAAGUUCAUGUUGAGAGAGGUCAUGGAGAGAAACAAGAAUAAGACAGCCGCCACAACAUCAUAUUGGCCUAGUUACCUGAAAAAUGUUCAAAUAAAACAACCUCAUAAUCAAAAAUGGGAAACCCUAACCGAUUCCCACACAAGCUUUCUAGAAGGACCGACUCCUGAACAUCUCCCCGUCGAAUUCAUGCUAACAUGGUGUUAA